AUUUUCGUAGCUCCGCCGGAGAUUGCCGAAGCGGCGCUCGGCAACCUCGCUACAUCUCUCUGCAGCAGAUACAGUGUAGCCUCGGAGCCUGGUGCAGGGAAAGCUCGCCACCCGCGGCCGUAGACUCCCCAUCCCUCGUUUCCUUUCCCCUGAAAAAAAACCUCUCAACUUGAUCUACAGGAGAGGCAUUCGCUGCAAAUCUCUCCCAAUGCAAGCCAUCAAGUGCGUGGUGGUGGGGGACGGGGCUGUAGGUAAGACAUGUCUCCUCAUCAGCUACACCACCAAUGCAUUCCCUGGCGAGUACAUCCCAACAGUAUUUGACAACUAUUCGGCGAAUGUAAUGGUCGAUGGGAAACCGGUGAAUCUGGGACUGUGGGACACAGCAGGUCAGGAGGACUAUGAUCGACUGCGACCUCUCUCUUAUCCACAAACGGAUGUAUUUUUGAUCUGCUUUUCACUCGUGAGUCCAGCGUCCUUUGAAAACGUCAGAGCAAAGUGGUACCCAGAGGUCCGACAUCACUGUCCCAACACGCCGAUAAUCCUGGUGGGAACAAAGCUGGAUCUGCGAGAUGACAAGGACACCAUUGAGCGGCUGCGGGAUAAAAAGCUGGCCCCCAUUACGUACCCACAGGGGCUGGCCAUGGCCAGGGAGAUUGGUGCUGUGAAGUACCUGGAAUGCUCCGCUCUCACGCAGCGGGGUCUAAAGACGGUCUUCGAUGAAGCGAUUCGUGCCGUGCUGUGUCCACCACCCGUGAAAAAGCGUCGAAAGAAGUGCACCGUCUUCUAGAGAGAGGCUGUUCAAGAACCAUACCUUCAUGGCAACGCAAUCUGCUGGUACUUUAUCCAAAUCGUGGUCCUGUGUGGAAUGAGACUGCAGGAAAGAGUUUUCUUGUCGCCUCUUGUCGGAACAGCUAGCCUUGAGCGUCAAGUCCUGAAGUCAGUAAUUACUCUCUUAGCAAUGUGUUGGAUUUUUAUGUGAGGCAAUGUGACUGUCUUCAUGAGUGGACUCCAUUUUGUUUUCAGCUGCAGUAUCCCCACUUUUGGUAGUUUUAUCCAACUCAGUGCAGUGGUUGCCAAAUUUCUUCUUCCAUUGUGGAAACAGUAUUAAUGGGUCAUUUCAUCUUUGUGAACUUAACUUUCUGAUUUGUAAUGUGAAGCUGUGGAUUGUUUGCAGGGAUUUGCUUCAGACUCUGUCUACUCCUUCACUGACAGGCAGUGCGAUCCCUCAUCAGUUGCUCCUUACAUGUUAACUGCCAAUGUUGGGACUGUCCAGUACUGUGGGACAGUGAUUCUGAGCAUUGUUCUCUGCCCCCUCACAUCACACUGACAAUUAUCUAUCGAUGUCUGCAUUGCCAUUUAUCAUGCUGACAUUUUAAACAAUUUGUUUUGGAUAAAUAUUUAAUAUUUGAGCCCCUCUGAACACACAGAAGUUCAUGAAUAUUUCAGUGUAAGUGAACAUUUUUGCACAUAUGCUUUGGCUUUUGUUUGUAACUACCCUCUCAUUACAGGAAAUCAAAACGAGGGAUACUGCGGUGUUAAUUAUUGUGGACAUAUUUUUGACCUUCCUGUAAGCAGCUCUGGUUAAUAUGGGAUCACUGAAUGCAGCAUGGGUAAAAAGGGUGGUGGGGGGGGGGGGGUGGGGUAAAAGCUUGUGUAUGUGAAAGACUUGUGUGAUAAAGGCUUUCUGCUGGUUAUGUAAAGUCGGUGUUUAACUGUUGUAUUCAUUAACUUUAUGGCCAUGCGAGCAGACUGUGUUAUGACCGAUACCGAGAAGGGUUUCUCCAUUGUACAUGGAAAGUGCAGAUGCUGUUUCCAGCCACACACGUGGCCACCACUAACAAACCUGUUCUGCCAACAUGCAUCUUCUCUUCAUUUGUGUAUUACUGGCCUGCAUGAUUUCAGCCCCAAUAUUUUAUUCUAAUAUAACAUCCUAGCCUUAACCGCGGGAGAGAUCUGAGUCUCCUUGCAAUGUCUGUUUUUAUUUUUGUCUUGUUUUCUGUGAUUUCUUAAAUGCAUUCAUACCAGUCUGAGAAUUUCUAAUGAUACAUUCUCAAGGUGCAACCUCUUGAACUAAAAUUGUGUUUUAAAAUGAAUUUCAUUAAAUAUUGUAGUAUCCUCA